AUGAUCUAUUCAAUUGCAAGAAACUCAUUCUCAGCAAUCUAUUCGACAAUUAAAGAUGUAGUAGACUAUUCAAGCACUACAAUUUAUGAUAUGUUUAUUUCUCAUCCCAUAACCUCAUUGACAUACGAGAAACUAUGCGAAAGACUAACAGGAUAAUAAUAAAGAAUCCUGGACGUAGGAGUAGGCACUGGAGUUCCUUUGAAUCAAGCUCUCAAUAGAUUCCCAAUAAAUUGUGAGAUCACUGCCAUCGACAUCAAUCAUAAUUAUUUAAGAAAGGCAAGCCAAUUAUUUAAAGACAAACCUUAAGUAAAAUUAUACGAGCUAGAUUUCUACCAAAUGAACUCAGAAACAUAUGGAACAUUUGAUGCUAUUGUAUUCUCUUCCUCAUUUCUAUUACUUAAUUAACCAAAAGAGGCUCUUUAAUUAGCCAUAUCACUACUUAAACCAGGUGGUAAUAUAUAUUUUAUGGUUACAUUAUCUGACUCCCAUUUUGGUGAUACACUAAAGUAUAUUACAAGUAUAGAUUUGCAUUUGCAAUCUGAAUAAGAAUUUGAAAAGAUGAUAUAAUAAUCUCAGCUCAAAAUCAAUUACAAGUAACGAUUACAAAAGGUAACAAACAUAGCCACUCUGCUUUUUAAAGUUUUUAUUUAUGAAACUAAAAUAUGA